AUGGAGACCAAGGGCAGCCGCUGUAAGAUCGUGGUUGUCGGGGACACACAAUGUGGAAAGACGGCUCUGUUGCAUGUAUUCGCCAAGGAUUCCUAUCCAGAGAAUUACGUACCGACGGUCUUCGAAAACUACACGGCCAGUUUUGAAAUCGACAAACAAAGGAUUGAACUCAACAUGUGGGACACUUCAGGUUCAUCAUACUAUGAUAAUGUACGACCCUUGGCGUACCCAGACUCAGAUGCUGUGAUCAUUUGUUUUGAUAUCAGUAGACCUGAAACACUGGACAGUGUGCUGAAAAAGUGGCUUGGAGAGACUCAGGAGUUUUGUCCCAAUGCUAAGGUGGUGCUGGUGGGCUGUAAACUGGACAUGAGAACGGACCUGAACACGCUGAGAGAACUGUCCAAACUCCGACUCAUACCAGUCACACAUGAACAGGGUACAGCUUUGGCAAGGCAGAUUGGGGCAGUGGCGUAUGCCGAAUGCACGUCUAAAUAUUCCGAGAACAGCGUACGCGACGUGUUCCAUGUUACCACGGUAGCAUCUGUCAAACACUUCACCGCCCCCCCCCUCAAGCGAUCCAACUCCCGCCGAGGCCUCAAGCGUGUCUCCCAGCAACCACAGCGCCCAGAGAUACUGGAGCGCCCUCCCGCCAUGCGGAAAGAUCGCGCUAAGAGCUGUGUGCUCAUGUAG